CCAGUUGCAACCUGCCUCCAGGUGGAUCCCAGUGCAGAACCUGCAGCAUCCUUAACUCUUGGCACUCCUGCGCUUAGGCCACAAUGGCGGGUCGAGGUGGAGCUGCUCGACCGAACGGACCAGCUGCUGGAAACAAAAUCUGCCAGUUUAAACUUGUUCUCUUGGGAGAGUCGGCAGUGGGGAAGUCCAGCCUUGUUCUGCGCUUCGUGAAGGGGCAGUUCCACGAGUACCAGGAGAGCACAAUUGGAGCUGCCUUCCUCACACAGACCGUCUGCCUGGAUGACACGACGGUGAAGUUCGAGAUCUGGGACACAGCGGGGCAGGAGCGGUACCACAGCCUGGCGCCCAUGUACUACCGGGGGGCCCAGGCGGCCAUUGUUGUCUACGACAUCACCAACACGGACACGUUUGUACGAGCCAAGAACUGGGUGAAAGAGUUGCAGAGGCAGGCUAGCCCCAAUAUUGUAAUUGCACUAGCAGGAAACAAGGCAGACCUUGCCACCAAGAGAGCUGUGGACUUCCAGGAUGCACAGACGUAUGCAGACGACAACAGCUUGCUGUUCAUGGAGACGUCAGCGAAGACAGCGAUGAAUGUGAACGAAAUCUUCAUGGCGAUAGCCAAGAAACUGCCAAAAAAUGAACCCCAGAACGCUCCCGGUGGCCCAGGUAGGAAUCGGGUGGUUGACCUCCAGGAGAGCAGUCAGCCAAGCAGGAGCCAGUGCUGCAGCCAUUGAGCAGCCG